UUAAUAUUCGUACACUUGGCUAUCGUCAUUUUCUUGCAAUAUUGCACAUCAAUUCAUUCACGAUUGCCUUUUGGCUUUUGCUCCUUCUACACUUCCUCUUUCAUUUUUCAUCUCCUAUUUAAUACUCCACGAAUACACUUACAAAAUUGGAUGGCAUUUGCAUGAAGAUUUGUGUUCUUCUCAACUCGACUCAGAUCAAGAUUCAAACAGCAUAGUACUGGAAGAAAUUGAAGUUAAUGAAACGGAGAACCUUGCUUAAAUCUUUCCAAAUGAAAACAAGUUUUUUGCAACUGACUCCUAGUGAUGUUCGUGAUUCAAAUAGACCACCAAAUAGAACUGGUGGCAGCAUGAAGCAACAGCUAGAUGGAAGACAACGGCUCAAUUAUGAUCCACAAAAUACUAAUUUAUAUAUCAAUGGUUCACAAGAUUGGUGGCAUGAUUUUGGAGACAAUGUUUUGUCACCAAAUGCAUUGCCAAAAAACACAUCAAAUAUGACUUCAAUGAAGGUACCGAACGCUCAUUUGGGGAUCAAAGAUUGCAAAUUACUAGCACGUGGUGACCUAGAUAGAGGACGUAAUGCCAAUACGGAAAUGAUAACUAUCGGAAUGCUAAAUUCAGGUAAAAAUUGCAGCCAGGAACAAGAAAAUGUUGCAACCACAUUUCCUUCAACAGCACGUCCUACAUAUUUUUGUUCGGAACCAUACCUCAGGGAUGCUACACCACUUACUUAUCAGCCACCGGUGCAUACAAGCCUCCAGAAGAUGCAUCACGAUAGAAUGGUUUUGCCCAUUGUAAUGUCAGAGGAGCCUGUUUAUGUGAAUGCCAAACAGUAUCAUGGGAUUAUGAGGAGAAGACAAUGGCGGGCAAAGGCUGAACUGCAGAAUAAAGUGACAAGAGCUAGAAAGCCUUAUCAGCAUGAAUCUCGGCACUUACAUGCCAUGAGGAGAGCCAGAGGUUGUGGGGGGCGAUUUGCGAACACGAAGAAGGCUGAUACUGCUGCAAAUAAUGCUACUUGUGAGAAAGGCAACAGCUCUGGCGAUUCCAUUUCAACAAAAGCACACUUCCUGCUAGGUUCUGAAUCUGGAAAUACAAUAUCUUCAAUACAAGACAAAUCUUCCUCCAAUUAUGAUGAACUCAAGAGGCUCUCCAAUCAAGAAAGUAGGAGCUACGAAUUUCUCCAGUGUUAUGAUCAUAAAUGGCCAUCUCAGUAAACGGCGUUUUCUGAUAUCAUGAUGCCAAUGCUGUUACAUUUCUUCUGUUUAUAAACAGUUCUGGUGGGAGGAUGUUUGUAUAGUAAUAAAAUCAUGGUUAUUGUAAAUUAUGUGAGUUGAGUCCUCCUAUUUUGAUAUCAGUUGCGAAAUGAUGUUUGUGGUGACAAUAUAUUGGUGAUGAAGA